CUCUCACGGCGGUGCUACUCACUCAUAACCACUCAACCCACUUGUGACUAGUACAUAUACACCACGAUGCCCAAACUCCGCAUCGCCCUCGCUCAGACCUCACCCGUCAGCGCUCCUCUGGGCGCCAUACCGCCUGAGCCAUUCGCAAACAUCGAGGCCAACCUGCGCGACGUCGCAUCUCGCGUCGCCGAGGCCAAGUCCAACGGCGCCGACGUCGUCGUGAUCCCCGAGUAUGGGACGCAGGGCAUCUGCGAUGGGCGGCAGUACGUAACAUUUGCAGCCGAGCACAUAUUAGACUUUCUGCGUGAGCUUGCUCGUAAGCAUUCAAUCAGCCUCGUGGGCACGGUGGUGGUGGGAACACCACACGCACUGUCCUCGGCGCCGAGGCCCCACCGCUCCCCGUUCCGCCACCUCCUCGACAAUGUGCCCACCCCGACGCCUGAGCAGAUGGAGUGGGCAGAGUGGAUGAAGGCCUACGUGCAGACAGAGGAGACACUCCCUGUCCUCACGAACGAGGCGUUCUUCAUCGACGAGCACGGCGAGAUGAUCGGGCAAUACACCAAGCGCAACUUGUGGCACCCUGAGCGCGCGUAUCUCACGGCGGGGCAGCGCGCGAACAGCGCCUUCAACACCAAGUGGGGCAAAGCCGGCCUGCUGAUCUGCUGGGACAUGUCGCACCCGAGCGACGCACAAGCGCUGGCGGACCAAGGCGUGGACCUCAUCUUCGUCCCGACGUACUGGACGGCGACGGACUCGCACCCCCAACUGCUCGAGUUCGAGCACGAGCCCGACUACGAGCGCAACAUGGUGACGUCGCUGUGUUUUGCGCGCGCGUGCGAGACCGAGACGAUCUGGGCGAUGUGCAACCCCGGCGGAGAGGGGGGAUUGAUGGGCGGCUCGGGGGUGUGGCAGCCUCUGCGGGGAUGGGUUGGGGGCUUUAAGGCGUCCGAAGUGGGGGUCACUUAUGCGGAUGUCGACACGGACGACCUGCGCGCGGCGCGAGAGCUGUACAAGGUUCGCGAGGACUAUGCGGCACGCACCACGAUGGAGCGGCAUGCAAAGUAGGUGCAAGGUGGACAGUGCGUUCCGUAAGCGGGAGUGCGGGCACAUUUGCAGGAACCCGCAUGGUGUGGAUGGCGGCGGCAUGUCUCGGAAUUGUCCGAGCGAGAGCUUGGAUGAGAGCCGACCAAGUAUGGCUGUGGAUGAUGUGAUGUGCUUCAGAUGUGCUGUGCUGGCCACGCAAGGCAAGAAGGGUGUGCUCCUGCUCAUCUACAGUACUACUCUCGACUCUCAUGUCGGCUCUGGCAGCGGUCCGUGGUCGGCAGCGUCCGGCAUGCCAAGCGGCAUGU